GCGCUGGCCGGGGCGGAGCGGGCUCGCUCGCAGCUGCAUCCCUGAGCCCCGGGGAGGCGAGCGGGCGGGCAGCCAGCGGCACUGUGAGGCUCGGACCGGGGCCGGGGGGGCCAGGAGGCCGGAGCAUCGUGGCCAGGGGCCGGGGGCCGUGCCCGGGGGCCCCGCGGGCCGCGCUCUGCCGUCGCCGCCGCCUGCCAGUGCGCCCAGCCGGCCCCAUGGAGUAGCGGCGGGCGCGCCUUCGGAGGGCGGCCAGAGGCGGCGGCGGCGGGGGGCCGGCGGGCCGGCGGGAGGCCGGCCGGCCGCCAUGGAGCUGAGCUUGGACAACCUGGGCGGGCUGGCGCAUCCGCAGGCGGCCGGGGAGCUGCUGAGUCCAGCCCACGCGCGGCCCGGCCCACAUCGAGGCCUGGUGGGGGGACCGGCCCGGCCGGCUAUGGUAUCCGGCGUGGCCUCGCUGCUGGAGAGCGGCGCUGCUGACUACCGGGCCGAGCUGGCCGCCCCGCUGCACCCAGCCAUGAGCCUGGCCUGCGACUCACCCGGCCCGGCCCUCAGCCUCAGCGGCUCUUACACUACCCUCACGCCGCUCCAGCAUCUGCCGCCCAUCUCGGCUGUCUCCGACAAGUUCCACCCGCACCCACCCCCGCACCCACACCACCACCCGCACCCGCAUCACCCAGCGGGUCCCCCGCCCCACGGAGCCCACCCCCACCAGCGUCUGCCCGCAAACGUCAGCGGCAGUUUCACCCUCAUGCGCGACGACCGGGGGCUGGCCUCCGUGGGCAAUCUCUACGGCCAUUAUGCCAAGGACGUGCCGGCUAUGGGGCAACCGCUGAGCCCCCUGGCCAACGGGCUGGGCCCCCUGCACGGCGGACAGCAGCCGCCGCCGCCGCCCCCGCCGCCGCCGCCCCCGCUGGCCACCUACGGCACCGGGCCGCACCUGGCCGGGGAAAAGAUGUUGUCCGCGGCCGCCUUCGAGCCGCACGCGGCCAUGCUGGCCCGGGCUGAGGAUCCGCUGGGCCGCGGCCUCGGGGCACCCGGAGCGGGUCUGAUGGCGCCUCUCAACGGGCUGGGAGCGCACGGGCACCACGCGGGUCCGGGUGGCAGCGCCAGCGGCGGAGGGGGACUGUUGGCCGAGCGCGAGCGGCAGGCGGCGGCGGCCGCGUCGGGUUCGCAGGCGGGCAGCUCCGGCCAGGUGGAAGAGAUCAACACCAAAGAGGUGGCGCAGAGAAUCACAGCAGAGCUGAAGCGCUACAGCAUCCCCCAGGCCAUUUUCGCCCAGCGCAUCCUGUGCCGCUCGCAGGGCACCCUCUCCGACCUGCUGCGCAACCCCAAGCCCUGGAGUAAGCUCAAGUCCGGCCGCGAGACCUUCCGCAGGAUGUGGAAGUGGCUGCAGGAGCCCGAGUUCCAGAGGAUGUCGGCCCUCAGACUCGCAGGUAGGGGGCCGGGGCGGGUGCAGGGCGGGGCGAAAAGGGAACCCGGAGAGUCCCAGAAAUAA